AUGGCCGAUGGCUACGACCCCCAGAAAUCUCGCGUGGCUGAAGAUACGCUAGCAGACUUCUUGCGCGCACCACUCACCGGCGACUUGACAGAGGUACCGGGUAUUGGUAAAGCUGCAGUCACAAAGCUCGCUGGGUCAGAUGAUGGGACUGAGGCCGUGACGAAUACGUUCCAGCUCAUUGGGAAGUUUUUGCUACUUAAGGCCAAUUCAGACGACGAUGGUGACGACGUGAUCGACUGCGCAGCCCAUUGCGACGCCUUCUGGUUCUGGCUAAAAUCCAAAGGCAUAACGGCCUAUAGAAGUGGGAUUGUGAUGGCUAUUGCCGAGAAGGUGAAUACGAUGCUGCCGGGUAUAUAUGACGCAGCGGACUUUCAAUAG